UCAGCGCACAUGAAACUAUGGGUUCUGCUUUUUAGUACUUGGUGGUCCGAAUCAGGUCUGUAGUGUAAAGAAGACCUGAAGUAUGGCGAUUUUCGCAUCUGUUAAGAAAGUUUUUCUGGUAAUGAUUUUGGCACAGACCGCGGUGUCAUUUCGCCCCAACCGGUUUAGCGCCUUCUACGGUCUUGACUAUACACAUGAAGAUAUCACCAAGACGGCAGCACUGAAAGUCGUGGCGAAGUUUUUGGAAGAAAACCCCGAGGAGGGCCGUGCGGUUACACCCGGCCAGCUGCAAAACCUGGACCCGCUUACAGCGUCAAGUAUCUUCAGUAGUUACUAUGGAGGCCCAGUGUCUGCCAAGAACUUUGACGACGCUAUCGGCGACAUCACAAAAGCUAAUGCAGACAUUGACCAGCACGACCUGUGGACGUCCAGUGUCCAUUUUAACGCGGAGCAGUUUCAGACUGCACUCACGAGGUUGCGCAAUAUACGGUCGACCAUCAUCGGGACGCUGCAGAAGGCUGACCUGACUGACCUGGACGUCUCCGCGGCACGGAUCAACACUGGGUCGUACCUGCACACACUGCAGGACUUCUACAGUAACACAAACUGGGUAGAGAACAACGGCGCCGUCAUCUACGAGGAUCUGGGUAUGCCAGACCGCCCGAAUCCAGCCGUUGCACCUCCAUUGAUGAACACUUGCAGUUCGACUGACUGUCCGCCAGGGGGCCCUUCAGGAGGGCCACGUACAACCUGCGAAAACAACCUCAUCGUGCCAGAAGGAGUGUUAACUAGUGGAUACCGGAGUGACCAAGAUGUUGACAAACCUUCAGUGGACCAUGCAUGGCUGGGGAAGUGUAGUCAUGGCGGAUCCCAUGAUGCCACGCGCAGCCUGACGGCAACAGGCGGCAUCAACAAGGAGUCGCUGGACCGGGCGGAAUCCCCGCACCACUUCCUACACGAGACCGCCGCACGGGCAGCCAUCAACGCCACGGAACAUUUCUUCUAUGCGGCAGGAUCCGGCCUAAAGGACCAAGUAGGAGUUGAUGUCUUCCGUCGUUUCUUCAACCUCGCCUCGGGAACCUCCCUGUGUAUUGUCAUGGACGACACCGGGAGCAUGAGUAACGACAUCGCGGCUGCCAAAUCUGUGUCGAUAGAGAUCAUACAACGAGCUGUCGCUAACCCCUUCGACAAACCCUACAACUAUGUCCUGGUCCCCUUCAACGACCCAAUGAGCGAUGCCGGACCAAUGACGAUCACCAGGGACUCUACCGUGUACACUGCUGCCAUCAACGCGCUGAACGCACACGGUGGAGGCGACUGUCCGGAACUGUCCAUGACUGGUUUAGAACUCGCCCUUCAAAACACCCUGCCUAAGUCAAAGAUAUAUCUCUUCACUGAUGCUGACCCUAAGGACAGCGAUAAGAUGCCAGACGUGCUUUCUUUACUUCGACAGAAAAAGAGCACGAUCACAUUCCUUCUCACUGGAAGUUGUUCUCGUAAACGCCGUGAUCUACAUGGUCGUUUAAAAAGAGCAGUGAGUGGCAAUCCGUAUGACGUGAUCGCGGAGGAAUCCGGUGGGAAAGUGUUCGACAUCACCAAAGACGAAGUGGCCGAAGUCUCCGAGGUCAUCGCCCUAGAGGUCAACGGCGCUCCUGUCACGGUCAUGAUCAAGAGCGUCUCCGAGUCCGGACCACGUGACCACGAGAUUGCCGUCGAUGAUACAUUAUUGGAGAUGGUGAUCACUCUGACCGGGUCAACUGCCACACCGGUGUUUCAGCUCUACACACCCAGAGGUGCGACCCAGGUGUUUGGUACAGCCGAUGCCCAGGUGGUGAUCGAGACUGACCGAUACAAGGUGCUCAAGCUGACCUCUCCUGCAGCCGGAACAUGGGUGCUCCGCCUAGCGGACAGUCAGGGGUACGACAUAGAAGUGACGGGGAAGAGUGUGCUGGACUUCUCUACAGAGUUCCUAGACCCUGGUACUGGGUUUCUCAUUGAUGGGCGACCAGUUGCAGGCUCGGAAUACAGGCUGGUUGUAAGUGGAAGAGGCCUUGAGAAUGUGGGCAACGUGACGUCAGCAACUCUUUUGGACCAAUCCGGUGCCGUUCUCAGCCGGAUCUAUCUACACACAAGCAGCGGCAGGGGAGAGCCGGUUUACACGGCAACAAUCCUGCCACCAUCACAGCCCUUUCGGAUUUCUGUGGAAGGAAUCGACCAACGAAACAACACUUUCACGAGGCUCCUGACGACACUCAUUGAAUCUCAGAGUUUCCGGCUGGACCUUGCUGCAGGAAAUAAAGAUCCUCUUUACCCUGGUGGAAGCAGCCGAGUUGGAUUCGUUCUUGUCAACGAGGGUGCAGAAGACACCUUCCAGCUGACAGUAUCAGACGAUGUGGGCUUGGUGACCGGCGUGUCUCCAACAUCCGUUACCCUGGCAACAGGGACAAACGUCACAGGUUACGUCACGUUUUCUGCUGCCACGUCAGUUUCCCCUGGAACAGCCAGCACUGCAAUUCUGACUGCUCAGGGCUCCUCGGGAUCUUCGACCGCCCCUUCAAACUUCAUCACCGUACCAAUGACAGUUUCUGAACGGAUCAUUUUGGUGAUUGACACAUCGCCGCCGGUGUGCAGUAUUACGUCAGUAGUUGGGAACUGUACGGCGGAGCUGCAGCAUCCUGACGUAUGUGCGGAUCGGGCCUGGUCCGUACAGAUGAGCGUCACAGACAGCGGCCUGGGGCUGAGGGAAGUGUGGGCUGAUGUCAGUACAGGGCAGGUUCUGACGACCGACACGUUCGUCUCAGGGUUGAAGGACAGUGAAAUAUCGGCAAACUACAGCUCAACCUGCUGUCACCCCACAAUGACCGUGACCGUGGUGGACCUGGCUGGGUAUGUGGACCAGUGUGUCGUAGAUUUUUCCAUACCGACUACCGAGGCCCCACCUACAACGCCACGUGUUCCGACCACGGCGGCCGUGACAACGCCGCAGGUUCCGACCACAGCAGCUGUGACACCGGCAAUGUCUGUCACAGAGCAUGCAGUUGCGAUGGACGUCGGGAUGACAGUUAGUGAGUUUAACGAUGAAGUGAAGAUGGGAUUUAAGGUCACCGUUGCGAGCAGCGUCACGUCUUACUGUCAAAGGCACGUCAUGGAGUUCACGUCAUGUCGUCAGGAAAAUCACCGCCGCAAACGAGCAAUCUACGAUGCAGUGACGUUUGACUCAGACAACGUCGUCAUCUUGGAGGGAUACCCGACGUUGUCUGCUUCACCAGACCGAAUUACCGUCGCGUUCUUCGUCUCCAAUCCAAAUUCCUCCGCCGAGGAGCACGUGCCAGUUCCCGGCAGCCUCCUCCUGAUGGUGAUGCGGCACGACCGGAUGGAGAUAGAGGAGGCGCUGGGCUGGAGGACGAUCUACAGUAUCUAUACUUACGGUGAUGACAUACCUACCGUUACAUCAGCAGGACUGGAGUCUACAAAGGUGACGGAAGGGUUGGACAAACAAAAUGACGGUCCUGCCAGCUACGUGUUACAUAUAGUGAUCGGUGUGGUCGUCGCCGUGGUGGCAAUAGUCGUGAUCAUCGUUCUGGUAGUAACGUUACGGGGAGUAAGACAACCAAGCGUGAUCAAGCCAAACUUUGAAGACGACUGGAAAGUCAACGUGGACCCGUCAACGACUGGUCACGUGAACAGGGCGUUAAAAUCCGCGGAUGAGCGAAUGUCGUGGUCAGCGGAGACCCAAGAAAUCCCAAUGACAGAGACGGAUAGCCCAACAAAUUGGUAGAGAUGGAAU